UUGCGCUCACUCAGACCAGAUACCACCGGAAUGAGCCCCGAUGCCAAGCUCGCAAACGAGCUACUAGCUGAAGUCUUCGAGCGCUACAUUCCUACAUAUCCUACAUGCCCGCCUUUCCGUGGCGAUGGCUCCCCAACAACGCUUGCCCAAGUCUGUUCUCGGUGGAGAAGCGUGGCGCAUGGGACGCCAGCGCUAUGGCGCGCUGUUAAGCUCGACCUCAUCAAAGACAUUGCCCUCGGAAUGACCCGACAAACGCGUCUCGACAUUGCCCAAACGUGGCUGGAGAGAUCCUAUCCACUCCCGCUCUCUAUCGUCUUUCGGUGUCCAACGAACAGAACACUCAUCCUUGCUGAGGCCUUUGCAAUGCUGCUUUCUUAUUCCUCACACUGGCAAUACGCCAACAUCAUGGUACCCGCUGCCUUACCGGUCCAGAUGCAGGCUAAGGGCGAACGUAGAGACAUGCCUAUGCUCGUCGGAAUUAACGUCGAUGUCCGCAGCAACGACACCGAGCCCCACCUGGGCCUCCUUCACGUGCCAGCGCUGCAGACCUUCAUCGGGCAGCUGACGGACGAUUCCUAUUACCUCAAGAUGAUCACCUCGGAUGUCUGGCGGAAUCUGACCACGCUCAAACUGCGGGACAUUGCGCUCGCUGAUGCCGCCCCGAUUCUCUCCCAGACACAGGCGCUGGUCAAACUAUGGCUGGACAUCUGGAAUCCUGCAACCGCCCGCAUGCCCGCGAUCUGCCUGCCGAAUCUAGAGACCAUGAUUCUGGAGGGUGGAUCUGAAGACGACGAAGCCAGCGUCCUCAUCAAUGCACUCACCCUCCCCGCCCUCCGAUGUCUUGGCUUUCCAGAUGACUUCAUCUCUGUGUUCGCACCGGGAGCCACCGUGACGUACGUGCAAGGCCUCUUGCGCUUGGUCACAACACUGGGUUGCGGUGGAUCGCUCACGAAGCUGGCGAUGUCGGACUGUUACAGCUCCCGAGUUCUGCUUAUGGACGACAUCCUGGCUGCAUUACCCUCGGUUCGACGACUAUACCUCAAACGGGAUGAAUGGCCAUUGGCUGUGGAGGAUCUUUGGGACUCUAAAACCGUACUGGAACAGUGUAGGUAA